AUGGACUUCGACCAAUCCCCCGAUCGUCGAGCCUCACAGGCAAGCUUCUUGUCUUUGCAGCAACUCGACCCUUCCCCGAUAGAAUCUCCGCCAGCAGAUCCCUAUAUUGACCGCCAAAAUCUGGGGCCAUCGCUCCGAGGAAGCGAUGACGGAUAUGAGAUGGUAGAUGCCGAUGAUAUGGAAAGGAGCACGUCGACCAUCAAGUCCCCUUCUACUGGCGCUCCAGGUUUGAGCGCAAGCGCAAACCUCACAUCGUCAGGAGCAGGUCCUGGCCCUAUCUUCUAUCUUAUGCGAAUACAAAAGUUCUCGAGUUAUGCAAUGGGUCUAUUCACCUCCCUUCAUCUCGCCAACGUUUCUCUUAUUCCUGCUAUUACACGAUCCGUUCCUGGCUCUGAGACCUAUCUCCUCAUGACUCGGGAAAUCUACCAGACCUCUCUUACCGAGCCUAUGCUAGUUGCUCUGCCUGUAAUAGCUCAUAUUGGAUCGGGUAUUGCCCUUAGAAUGUUGAGGAGAUCGCAGAACAUCAAGCGGUAUGGUGCUGCUACCCCUGGAAUGUACGCUCUCCAUCGGUCACGGACAGAACUCGAGGAUCAGAAGAUUGCCCGAUCUUCUUCUCCAUGGCCAGCAUUAAGCUACAUCUCGAUAUCCGGUUAUACUUUCGCUAUCUUCUUCGCCACCCACGUCUUCGUCAACCGUGUACUACCAUUGCAGGUCGAAGGUGACAGCUCUAAUAUCGGACUCGCCUAUGUUGCACAUGGUUUCGCUCGGCAUCCUGUCACAGCUUGGGUUUCCUACGUUGGUCUACUUGCUGCCGGCUGUGGCCAUAUGAUCUGGGGACAGGCUAAGUGGUUUGGUCUGGCCCCUGGAACAAAAACUAUUUGGGGUACAAGUACUGUGCCUGCGGAAAAGAAGGCGAGAAAGCAGAGGAGAAGAAGAUGGGUUGCACUCCACGGUGCUUCGGUGGCAUUCGCUACGCUAUGGGCUAUUGGCGGCUUAGGAGUUGUUGCCAGGGGGGGUCUUAUGGACGGCUGGAUUGGGAAGGUUUAUGACGAUAUCUUCUCUGCUGUUGGGUUGUAG